AUGACUGGUGAGAGAGCUGGGCAUCGCCGGCAAGGAUGUGUCCCAGUCCCGGCUAGUCAGCCCUUCACCGACAGACAGAACUGCUUCUUCCCCGGUGUGAGCGUGGGCCUUGAGGAUCCGAUCCCUGCCACGUCCCCCUCUUUCAAGGCACGGCCGAGUAAAGAUGCCAGCCACACAACCGGUGGCAUUUAUAUGACAGACCCCACCAGUGGAAAGGAGCCGGCAAUGGAUUCGCCCUACACAAAUGGAGCCUACAGCCCCCCGUACCCUCCGGCUCCCGGUGCUGCUCCGCACUAUGCCAGCCUGCCGCAGACACGGGGGUACUACUGCUCCGGGCCCUCGCGGACCCCUUACCCUGCGGAGUCCACGGGCAUGUACCAGCCCCCGUCACCUGCUCCCCCCUGGAGCUACACCCCGCCGGACUGCCCCGCCGAAGGGUCCUCUCUCAGGAGGCAGCAGGUUCCUGGCUAUUCCCCACCACAGUAUCCAUACGGAGACAGCAAUCCAGGGGUCACGGCGCAGGGGCCUCCACCACAGCUCAGACCCUCGGAGGACACAUGGGCUCCCCCGACCGUCUAUGGGAUGCAGCCGCAUUACACGUGGCCCGCUGCUCCAGUGCACGGGAACCCCUUUGUUUCCGAAUCACAUCCAUCCUGGACUAGCAGUGGAGCUCCUUCCCACCCUCCCGUGUGGGACUCAAAGGAUACUGCUUACGACAAACCUGAGCAAAGUGCAAACCAUCACAACUACUAUUCCGAUGUCAAUCACCAGCGCUCUGGGACAGUGAAUGAUCACAAGCCAGCCGCUCCGCUCAACGCCAAGCCAUCCUCCCCAAACCCCAAGGUGCAGUACAGCGCACAACCCCAAAUGUAUGACACUGCAUCUCGGAAGCUUUUGGCUGGGAACCGGGUAGCUGGCUUUAAAUCCGGUGACCAGCCUUCAACAAAUUCUGCAGCCAUCCAGCCAGAGAUUCAGAGAAUCCUCCACGUUAUGGGGGAGGCUGAACAGCUGGAGCAAGAGGUGGAUGAAUUUGUAGGAAAAAAGACAGAUAAAUCCUACCGGCUUCUGGAGGAGAUGUUGACCAAGCUGCUGUUGGAACUGGAUUCUAUCGAGACUGGUGGCCAGGACAGUGUUCGGCAGGCCAGGAAAGAGUCCGUCCACAGAAUUCAGGCCAUACUGGAAAAACUGGAAAGAAAGGGUUUGUGA